AGUGCUGCUGCCUCAAAGCAAAAUCAAAACAAUUGCAAACGAGUAAACAAUACGACGCCUCGUGUCCGAAUGUGCAAUUGUAAAAUACCGAAAGGAUGCUUUUCAGUGUGCAGCAGCUUUUUUUAGGCUGUGCAGUGCGUGUGCGUGUAUGUGUGUGUUCUUUUUUCUAUUGGUCCGUAGUGUAUCCGUUCCCGCGUGUUCGUUCGCUGCAUCGGUUAAAAACGUAUCAUUCUUGGCAAAUGGUUUAACGUGAGAAAAAUCGUUGCUCAAACGCGAAACGUGCUCCGCGUGCCGCGCUUAUCGCAAGUGUGUCUGUGGCGUAACGAUAUUUCCAGCGUCAAGUGGGAAUGGCUGACUUUUUUGCGCAAAGCAAAGCAUGAGUGCGUUUGAUGCCGAUGCCGCACAGUGUCCAGUGUAGCGAUAAAGCGUAGGUGAAAGUGAAACCAACACGAACUGCAAACGAAACUGGUGAGAACAAGCGGGAAAAGAUCGGGUCCAAAAUUUGUGUUCUAAUUUUUCGAAGAAGUUUCGGCGUAGAUCGGUGCAAAAGUUUAAAUUAAAUCCCCAAUGUUGGGUGCUUUGUGUUGAUGUGUGUACGAGCGCGCGCCAGUCCGUUCAUCAGGGCGACCACUGCUAACCGCUAGGACGAGUGUGUCCAUCGUAUUUUACCACCCCACCGAACGCAGCAAUUCCCGGUGACCUUCCACCAGUGGCAACAUGAAAUGGAAAAAUAAGGAGCCAAAACAGUCGAUUUCUAGCGUUACGUCCAUGUCAUUUUUGUCCGACGAAAAUCUCACCUUUCAUCGCUUCUCCGAUGGGACCAUCUCGUUCACCUCGGAGCGUAAAAAAUCGAUGCAAAACGUGCUAGACGGUGGAGGUGGUGCACCGACGAUGCCCAUGAUGGCCACGGGACCACCCAACACAAAACAGACCGUUCCGUCAUCGGCGACGGCCAUCGGAGCCGGCGAUAACCGCACCAUGAACGGUGGCGGUCAUAACCACACAAUGGAACGCACGCGCAAACACUCCUACACGCAGGCAACGACGGGUUCGUCCCCGAUCUGGACGACAAAUGCGUCGUUCAACAACUACACCACCAACACCAUCACCAACAGCAACCGGCGGCACGCGGGCGGAGGCCGGCCGCGUAGCAUUGCGCCCGGCGGCGGUGGCGAUGGGACCGAUGGCGACCAAGCCGGUGCCGGUUCGACAACGACGGCCGGCAUACCGACGUUAAGCGAUCUGCGCUAUCUGUCCUCGCCCUCGACCAAUCCGAACAACUCGAGCGUGAUCCAGAACGGGUCUACCGUGAAGCUCAUCUCUACCAAAGUCAGCGCCAACACCGUUGCACCGAGCGAUGAUCAGUCAAACAAGCAGUCAAGAUCAUCAAUAUUUCGCGGUGUGAUACUGUGUCUCUGCCUGAACCUUACCUUCGCCAACGUGGUCCGGUUCCCGCGGGAACUGCAGCUGCACGGGUCCGCCUUCCUAGUACCUUACGUUAUACUGCUCCUUCUAGUCGGUCUCCCGGUGGUACUGCUCGAAAUAUCGCUCGGCCAGUUUCUCGGCCAGGGUUCGGCCCACAUGUGGCGUGCGGCUCCCUUCCUGAAGGGUGCCAGCCUGGUGGGCCGCAUUGCUUCGUGGCUGGCGGCGAUAUGGACAUCGAUGCAAUCCGUGAUUGCACUGCUCUACAUCGGUAUGCUAGCAUUCAAAUCUGUGCCAUUGCGGGAGUGCUCCAAAUCGGUUACGAUCAACCCGCAAGCCAUUUAUAAUGGCUACGACGUACAGCAGAGCAGUGGACAGGAAUGUUUGAAAUUAACAUUUCUCCGUCCCGUGUGGAGAAGCUCGCUGUACUUUGGCUUGCUGGCGCUGAGUCUCAUACUGCUGUGGGUCAUCUCGAUGGUGUGUACGCACAGUGGGAAAAUCAAUCGCCGAUCGAUCUAUCUGUUCGGUUUUGUGGCGCUAAUACUGUUGAUCUUCGAAACUGGCUGGGAGGUGACGAAGGCGAUCAACGAACAAUAUUUCCCGGAUCUGUGGCCGUUCCAUCCGGAAUCGUUCGCGGACAGCACGGUGUGGUUCAAUGCGCUCGUCCAGGUGAUCUACUCGCUGAACAUUGGUUUCGGUGCGGUACCGGUACUGACGGGGAAAUUCCUUUACAAAGGGGAUGCGAUCAAGACCUCAUUCGUGUACAUGUUCUUCAACAUACUCAUAACGGCGAUCGCGGUGUUAUUCUACGUGUUCCAGUUCAACAACAGCUUCACCGAGUCACAUCCCUUCUAUCCGGAGCUGAGCCCCCUUACCGUCAUUUACGAUCGGGCCAUUAGCGUGCAGGAGUCGGAUCCGACGCUUCAACGGCUCAUACCCGCGCUGUCGUACGCGAUGAUCUUCAUCGCGUCGCUCGUAUCGAUCGUCAUCUACAUCUACACCUCGACCCGGAUCAUCCGGAAGCAUCCGAACUAUACCGUGUGUCUCGCGGGGCUAGUUGUCGCCAUCGCCGGGUUGCUCUGUCCCAACUACAUCUUUCCACGCAUCCUCGACACCCGGAUCGUCGGCUCGCUGGCCGUGUGUGCGAUGAUCUUCGAGAUCAUCCUCAUCAUCUGGGUGUACGGUUCGAAGAAUCUCUACACCGAUCUAGAGUUCUCGCUCGGCCGACCAGUGCUGAAGGCGUGGCUAUUCAUCUGGGGUUUCAUCCCGGUGCUGCUGAUGGCGCUGCUUUGCUGGUGGUCGAUUACCUACUACGACAAUGAUCUGCUGAUCGAUUACUUCCCCAAGUGGUUGCCGGUGGUGUUCAGUUUGUCGGUGAUCGUGCUGCUUGCUUGUGUGGAAAUCAGCAAGCAGGUCGACUACAAUGUCUUCAGCAUGAUCCACGGAGCAACGAAGCCCUCAAAGGACUGGGGACCGGCGGAUCCGCUAGUAAGGCACGCCUGGAAGCAGUGGAAGUCUGUCUGCGAAGAUACGGGCGAGCGGGACUUUACGUUGCGCCGGCGCGGCACCAAAGACUACACCAACUCCAUCAAAAAGGGCCAGUAUACGCACUCGCACAAGUACGGCGCCUCGUCCAACCGGAACCUCUCGACUGCGGGCAGCAAUUCCCCGAACUACAGUGGGUCCGUCUUUGGCGAUUCGGCCAUCGAGGAGGACAUGAGUGUGGAAAAGUAUCCGCACUACAGCAAACACUCCACGCAGCAGCAACAGCACACGACGGGUGUGGCAAACCAUGGAGGUUACGGUUUGGAUACGCCACCGCCAUUACCACCGCUUCCGCUUACCGAAACUACCGACGAUAGUUCCCCGCGCAUAUCGGCCAGCUCGCGAAAGUCUUCCCGUGCGACGGAUCACACCAAGCGUACGCCAAGCGAACGGAGCCAGGCGGACCUGUUGCCCAACUCCCGCAAAACGUCCGACAAUAGCUUCGGGUCGCGUAUCGACAUCAUGCCCACGGACGAGGACACGCACACCGGGUUCGCACGCAGCACAGCAAUCGUGCGCAAUCCGCUGGCCAAGGGCCAUCACCAGAAUCAUUCGAAUGUGGCACGGCACUACCACCAUCACCAUCAUCUCAGCUCCGGUAACGGAAUGGUGCCAGUGCACGGUGCGAAACAAAGCGGCGUAUCCUACCACCAGGAUGGUGGACCGCGGAAUGGUGGUGGACCGACCGCUGACGACCGGCAGCACGGAUACAAUCGGGACAUUUUCAUCAGCAAUGGACACGCACCGACCGGUGGCGAUCAUAUCUGUUGGCGGAAGUUUUCCAUCAACUCGGAGGAAUACUCGACGGAGCUGUAGAGGAACGACACUCUGCAGUUGCAUGUGGUGUGGUCUAUUAAAAGUGUUACUGUUACAUCUGUUUUGUUUCGUUUCGUACGGUUCUGUUGUUGCAUGCGUUAAACGUUCCGUUUGUACAUAGUAGACAAGUGCUAGGACAGCAGAAGUAGGGCGCAAACGCUUUGUAUCCUGGAACCGUCCGCUCCCAGGCGUCGGGCGGUAGGGUAAACAGCAUGGGGUAACGUAGACAAGGGACUGAUUUCAUGUGGACACGUGUAUUCGUGCGUAAGAACAGGGAACGGGGAAUGGGUUUUUUUCUUUCUUCUUCGUUUAAUAAGCUGUGCAACUGUUUCCGGUUCCUGGAUCCCGGGUUUCGGGUAUUAUUUAUUCGAAUCGCAGAAUCCUCAUGUGAGUGUGAG